UCUCACAGCCAAGAAUUUCUUCCUAAUAUCUGUGCAGUGUUAUAAACACAUUCACAUCAAUUUUGCUCCAUUAGACAAGACUACACCUACUGAGAGAGAGCAGGAAAGCCCUCAACUGCCACUUCAUGGUCUUUGGAACUGGUGCAUCAGGUGAAAGAAAUCUUGAUCUUGUAGGGCUGCUGAUGAAAAUUAAGAGAGUUUGCAAGUGUUCAACAACAAAUAGAAGCUGCAAGGGAAGAGUCCACUGGAAGUCAAAGAGAUAAGGGUGAGCAUGUUCCCCACAGCUUCCAGCACAAAGGCAAUGACCUAAAAUUGGCUUUGGGUUCAUAAGGACGUCAGAUACCCCAGAUCAGGCCCAAGAUGAAGGUGGGUUGAUGCCCAAGGCUAAGAUUGACUGAAAUCCCCUCUCAGAUUGCUGAGGUAUGCAACUUGAGGAGAGAUUUGUCAGAUGAGUCUGAUUUCUGUGGUUUCCUGGAGUCUGGUCUCAGGCUAUAAAACCUUGCUGAGAGCAGGAAGAGACCCUGGCUGCACCCCACCUCUAAGGGAUCCACUGAAGCCCAGAACACCAUGAUGGAGCACCUGCAGACACUCCUGAUCCCUCUCCUGAUGGUGAUGUGGCCCCCAGUCAACACCAAUUAUUCCUGGAAUCGGAGGGAGGGAGGAGGUGAAGCCAGGACACCCUCCACACCCUACAUGGCCUAUCUGCAAGGAAAGAACAACCAUUCCUGCGGAGGGUUCCUUGUGGCCCCGAAUUGGGUGAUGACAGCAGCUCAGUGCCUUGACCACAAACCUCUGACUGUCAUCCUCGGAGCCCACACAGUCCAAACAAAAGAGAAAAGCUGGCAAAAGUUCGAAGUCGAAGAGUAUCACUACCACCCAUGCUUUACCAGUCCUAAGGAGGGAAAUGACAUCCUCUUGCUGAAGCUGAACGGCAAUGCCACCAGCAACAGCUUCGUUAGGACCAUUUCCUUUGAAAAAUCCAAAGUUCAUGGUGGGAGUGUGUGCAGUGUAGUCGGCUACAAGACACCCACUGGCACAUUACGUGAAGCCCCUGUCACCAUCAUCAAACAAAGGGACUGCCUCAGCCACUACCCUGGGCUUGCUGAAAACUUGAUUUGUGGCCGCAGCACAUCUGCUGAGGUACCUGAAAAGGGUGAUGCUGGGGAUCCACUGGUCUGCAAUAACAAAGCCUAUGGCAUCUUCUCCUACAGGCAUAACAACUGGCCUGGUUUCUACACACACAUCGCUCAUUACCUUCCCUGGGUCAACAGUGUCAUGAAGUCAGCAUGACCCUGUUCUCCCUGCAGCUGCUGCCCUGGAGAACUCACACUCCAGAGCCUCAUCCUCACCAGCUUUCUUUUCCUUUCUCACUGGGAAACAUCCUACACUGAUCCUCAUGGAUGUGACAAGGACUUCUCUGUGGCAAAGCCGAGCUAUGCCAGUGGGGGGCUCAGCACAGAGAUCAGGGCUCGACUGUGUUUAUUCCCUGUGCAAACUGGGGAGUACCUGGUCACACAGUGUGUGCUUCCACACUGCUGCCCUUAUUUACGCCUUUUUCAAGCUGGCUGGGGUUACAGCUCUAGAGGGGAAGCAGCCGGGCAGCCCCAAGAGAGCUGCCAGUAGCUGCUGGGAUGUCUGUUAUCCUUUGGGGAAGGCUGUAUAACUAGAUCAGAUGGAUCCAAAUAACAGCAUCCUCCCUGACCUUUGCAUUUGUGACAGCAGAUGUUUGGGUGUCCUUUGCCCAAGCCCUGAGGUUUUAAGGUUGCCCAAGCUCCAAGGAAGACACUUUCAGUUCCUGCUUCACUACUGCUGCUGCUGUCCCCUACCUCUGAAACCUGCUGCCUCCUUUCUCCCCUCUUCUGUAC